AUGCAUCGACACAAGAGGACCCCCAGCGACGACGGGACCGCAGAGCACAGGGAUAGGUCUACCAGGCCAGUUGCUCAAGAUGACUGCGGCGUAGAGACUACAGAUGAGUUGUCGAAGGUCCUCGACUUCAUCAGAGCGGAAUUAGAUAGCCUAGAACGGUCUGGACUGCAAUACAGUCAGAAGGCUUCAGGGGCCCAACAUACUAACGGGGCAAGAAACAAACUUAUUCCUACCGGAGCGGUUCUCCAAGCAUGCGUUGAAGGAACUCCAAAGUGCGUGUUCUGUGCAUCAACUGGCCACAGCACACUGGACUGCAAUGCAGGACUAUCGAUCGCCGAAAAGAUUAAAAAACUGUCAAAGGAUAUGCGCUGCUUUCGGUGUACGAAAAGAGGUCACCGGUCCAAGGACUGUCGUGUUAACGUUGUCUGUAAACAUUGUGGAAACAGACACGCUUCCGUCGUCUGCGAUCCCUCAAAGAGACCAGGUCCGACAAGUAGCAACGACACCGUGACCAACAUAAUGACCACCACCCAGCACAGGGACCAACGGGGACGUGCCGAGGUUCUUUUGCAGACCUUCAGACUAUGGGCGUCAUCUGACACCGCGUGUACCCAACUUCGUGGCAUCAUCGAUGGAGGUAGUCAGCUGACCUUCAUCCGUGACGACAUUGCGCAGAAGCUGAAACUGAAAGUUGUAGGUGAGAGCAAGUUGCGGUUGAACACUUUUGCCAGUUCGUCUACCGCUAACAAGACCCACUUAGGGAAGGUGGUUGAACUUCACCUGCGGAGUCAGUAUCGUCCUGUGGACUAUGUCAUACGCGCAACCACUAUUCCGUUCAUUUGCAAGGAUCUUGCGGAAAUUCCAGCUAAUCAGGAGUUCGUCGAAAGGCUUCGUCGACAAGGACACCAGAUAGCCGACGACUCCUUGUUCCCCAAUGUUCAGUGUGAAGCUGGCAUUGGACUGCUAAUAGGCAGUGACGAAAUGUGGCAGCUCUUGACAGGAGAAGUGAAGAGGCAUGCAGACGAUGACAAAACAGGAGUUUGUGUGGAUCCAGAUGAUGUGCUGGAGAAGUUCUGGAAGUUAGAAAGUAUUGGAAUCGCAGACGUAACGACAAACAACAACGAGCAUGACACAGCGGUGCUUGAAGAAUUUCAAAGAAACAUUCGUUAUGUGGACGGCCGGUACGAGGUGGCCCUACCCUGGAAGCCUCGUACAGAAGAAUUGGAAGACAACUUCGAGGAAGCCAACCGGCGACUGCGAGGACUUACGAGACGGUUACUCCAAAAUGACUGCUUGACGAAGUAUGACGAGGUUAUAAGGAGCUACCUUGAAAAUGGGCACGCCGAGAAGGCCAACGAAGACACAGCCCUGACUGGUUUGCAUUACUACAUGCCUCACAGGGCAGUAGUACGUAGCGAAUCCACGACAACGAAGAUACGUGUGGUGUUUGACGCCUCAUCACACGCAUCUGGAGCUACGUCGCUGAAUGACCACUUGGAGAAGGGGCCGAAGUUGGGAGCCGAUUUGGUGCCUGUCCUGUUGCGUUUCAGACUACACAGAAUAGCAAUCACAGCGGAUAUCCGAAAUGCAUUUCUGCAAAUCGGCAUUCGAGAGAAAGACAGAGAUGCUCUCCGUUUCUUGUGGUUUAACCAUGCUCCAACAUUGGACGAUCCACAGCCUGAAGUGGAGUGUUGGAGAAUGACGAGGGUGCCUUUCGGGACAUCGGCGAGUCCUUUCCUGCUGACUGCAACUCUACAGCAUCACCUGAGAUCAGUAGAGGGGUCGAACAAAGAUCUGGCCCAGGCACUAAUAAAUUCUUUCUAUGUCGACGAUCUGCUUGUGGGCGUAGCCAACGUUUUGGAAGGGAAACAUCUGGUCCAAAAGGCGGAAGACAUCUUUCAGAGGGCAGGAAUGAAACUAAGCAAAUGGGCGUCUAACUCUGCUGAGCUACAGACUAUGUUCCUGCAGUCCGACACCGGCGGAGCUAGCGAAGGAAAAUCAUUCGUCGACACUGCACACACUAAGGUACUUGGGGUGAUGUGGGACCGAUCUAGUGACAGACUGAGCUUCUCAGCACAUCACCUGCUGGAUGUCAUUGCCGACAUGAAAGACAGCAAGAGGUCCAUACUGCAGGCUUCCGCCAGACUGUUCGAUCCUCUGGGGUACCUGUCACCGUAUACCAUUCGAGUGAAGAUGCUUUUCCAAGAACUCUGGAAGGCGAAGAUAGAUUGGGACUCCAAACUUCCAGAGGAGAUAUCGAAGACAUGGAACCUCUGGCUUAAGGAGCUGCCCGACCUACAUAUGAUCUCAGUGGAAAGAUGUGUGCUUCCAACCGAAGGGUCUUUGUACACUUAUGAAAUGCACAUCUUCACGGAUGCUAGUCCGCAGGCAUAUGGAGCAUGCGCCCUCCUACGGAGCACGAGUGAGAUUGGAGAAACAAAGGUAUCCCUGCUGUUUUCAAAGUCACGAGUGGCACCACUCCAGAAGAUCACUUUGCCCAGGCUGGAACUAAUGGGGGCCCUGAUAGGAGUGCGAAUAGCCAAGUUCCUGAGUCAAGCGCUGUCUUUGUCGAACCUUGAGACGACAUUCUGGACCGACUCCACCAUUACGCUAAGCUGGAUCCGAGGUGACUCAACGAGGUGGAAACCCUUCGUGAGGAACAGAGUGGCAGAGAUCCAGGCGAAUAGCCGUCAGCAGCAGUGGAGGCAUUGCCCAGGCUGCGAUAACCCAGCGGACGCCUUAACAAGGGGACUCACCGUCAGGUCAUUAAGUCAGAACACACAGUGGUUUGAAGGACCCGGGUGGCUUGCCCAUCCACGCACAGUUUGGCCAAAGCCUUGCGGUGAAGAAGAUGCGGACUUAGAGAGCGUCGAGGAAGAAAAGCUGAGAGCCGCACUAGUGAUUGCAGGUGAUUUAAAGGGGCCUUCUCCUCUAUUCGAGCUUUCUAAGUACAGCAGUUACAACCGCGUUGUGCGGGUUACCGCAUGGAUACGAAGAUUUGUGUGGAAUUGCCGCACUAAUGUAAAAAACAUAGGAGCGCUUACGGCAUCUGAAGUGGCGGAGUCCGAGAUGUUAUGGGUGAGACAUGUGCAACGUGAAGUCUACCCCGAAGAGACGUUCGCACUCAGUCGCAACGAGCAAAUUGCCAAAUCAUCCAAGCUUCUGAGGCUGAAUCCGUUUCUCGAUGAAAAUAGAGUGAUGCGGCUUACGGGCAGACUACAGUGCUCGGACAACACUGAAGAUAUCAAGCAUCCCAUUCUGCUACCAAAGAAGCACACGCUAUCCAAGCUGAUUGUUCGGAAUGCACAUGAACUAACGCUACAUGGAGGGGUACAACUGACAUUGUCGACCUUGCGAGAGAAGUGGUGGAUAGUCCAGGCCAGGCAGAUUGUGAAGUCGAUCAUACACGACUGCACGGUGUGCGUAAGGUUUCGUGCUACUCGAAUCACAGCGCCAACUGCGCCUUUGCCAGACGUUCGGACAAACCCGACUCACCCCUUUGAGACCACAGGUGUCGACUUUGCGGGACCGUUGUACAUCAAAGCUAGUAAAGGUUACGAAUCCUCCUCUAAGUCAUAUAUCCUCCUCUUCACAUGUGCCACGACGAGAUCGAUUCAUCUUGAGUUAGUGACCGAUACAACGGCGAAAGCGUUCCUCAUGGCGUUCCGACGAUUUAUAUCAAGAAGGGGAACUCCUUCUAUCAUAUACAGCGACAAUGCCCUUGCUUUCAAGAAGGCGUCGAGGGACAUUCAAGACUUGUGGAGGAUAAUGCGUAGCACCGAAUCACAAGACUUUAUGUCUGCAAGACGUAUUAACUGGAGGUUCAUCGUAGAACGGGCUGCAUGGUGGGGCGGAAUGUGGGAACGACUGAUACGGACGGUCAAGAGCUGCUUGCGGCGAAUUCUGGGAAGACAGUGCCUCACAUUCGAAGAGAUGGAAACUCUUCUUCAUGAAGUAGAGGCAGUUGUUAACUCCAGACCUCUCACCUUUCUUCAUUCCACUCCCGACGAACCUGCCGCGCUGACUCCAGCUCAUCUACUAAUAGGCAGGACCUUAACGGCACUACCCGAGAAACCUUCGCAUGAAGUUCAAUCCUCGACAGCCCAGUCAAGCAUCCGAAGAUGGCGACACAAACAGAAAAUUGCAGACAUGUUUUGGAGAAGAUGGAAGCAGGAGUAUCUCCUCGAGCUCAGGUCAGCUCAUCAAACAAACGCAACGGAGUGCUUCCCAAAGCUUUCGGAAGGGGACGUCGUUCUUCUUCACGACCAUAAGACACCUCGACAUAUCUGGAAGCUGGCUAGAGUCAACGAAGUUCAUCCCGGUCGAGAUGGCAAUGUACGCUCUUGUACAGUGAGGCUACCCAAUGAAACUAUAACUCGACGGCCUGUGCAGCUAUUGUACCCGUUAGAAAUGACUAGACAUUGA